AAAGCCUUUUGUUGUGAAGCCUUUCGGUAAAAAUAAUACAGGCACAGAAAAAAGGAGAAAGAAAAACAGGAACAAACUGCUUCAGCAAACAUACUCCUGCAGGGCAAACGCGCGAUUCACCAAAGAUAACACUUUACUAAAUAAUGAUAGGUUUAGCAUACGGAGGAUAGGGAGUCGACGAACCGUUUUCUGCUAACCGAAAACACAUCCCGGUCGUCGUCGUGAAGCUAUACCUUCGCCGCGAUGAAUUUGGGCCGAUCGAUACGCAUCAAUAAGUGUGGGGUCGUGAUAUUGGGGCUGCUGUUUAUGUGCAUUCUGUACUACCUCUGGAACAGCAAUGCGUCAAACAGUGCAACAUAUGCGUUCAGCAAAAAUCCGAACGAAAUCAAUCUGCGCAAACUGCUGAUCGGUUCGAUACAGGCCGCACAGCACGGUGGGUUCGAGGUGGUGGCUGUAUCGAAAUCGCGCGACCUACACGAACAAAGCAAAGGCAAAACGAAGGAAGGUGCGAACAACCCGGUCACCGAUGCAGACUACCGGUCGAACUGUGUGAUGAAGAAUGGGUUGUUGCGAAUAUUUCCCAAGCUGAGGGUGAUCUCCGAGGAGGACGAUAGGCAGGAGCAGUGUGCGGAGGUGCAGCUGUUCGAUCUGGAUCCUACCGUGCUGCCGGAAAGCGUUACCGUGCCGGACGAGCGCGUAAACAUUGACGAGGUGGAUGUUUGGAUCGAUCCACUGGAUGCCACACAGGAGUACACCGAGAGACUCCAUGAGUACGUCACCACAAUGGUUUGCGUAGCGGUGAAAGGAGUGCCAACGAUCGGCAUCAUUCAUAAUCCUUUCACCAUGAAAACGACCUGGGCCUGGCGCGACAGAGCACUGUCAGAAUCGCUGGCCAAUCUGAAGCACGAUGCCGACGCGAAACAUCCAACCAUUAUCGUUUCCCGUUCGCAUGCUGGUGCAGUGAAGGAACAGUCGAAGCAAAUUUUCGGUGAAAACGCACAAGUUAUUACGGCCGGUGGAGCUGGCUUCAAAGUGCUCCAGGUGAUACAGAACAACGCUACGGCGUACCUACACACGACGCACAUCAAAAAGUGGGACAUUUGUGCUGGCGAUGCCAUACUCGGCGCGAUCGGCGGCCGGAUGAGCGAUUUGCACAACGAGAAUAUCGUGUACCACCGGGAUACACCGGCGCUCAACCCGAACGGGCUGCUGGCGGCGGCCCUAUCAUCAACGCACGAAGCAUACAUUAAGCGAAUAGUGGAAAGCAAACACUUUGUACGACGGUAGAGGGAUUGUACGCGCACAUAUCUGGAAGGAGACGUUGCACAAGCAGCCAUGUAUUUGCUUUCAUUCCAAAUUUUGCUCUUCGUGCACCACACAUCACUGAGGAAAAAAACGGCGUGUAGUUUACACGUACAAAAUACGCUAGUAAUCGCGGCAAUGAAAGAGGUUUUGCUUUAUGAAGAAAAGUAUUUGAUCUCAAUGCAAUCGAAUACGCCACAGACGACUACACGCACGCACAUACGCGGGUGCGUUACUUGACCAAACCUGGAUGCGUAGUGGAAGUGUUUUGUUAGUAAUGAUUUGUUUUAGGAAAAGAGUUUAUACUUCUCUUUGCUACUAUAAAACAUACCAUUGGAAUAAAAGCACCCGUCGCAUACCAUUUGAUAUAGAUAAUACAAACGUUUGUAUUUGUUUUUCGCUUGUGUGCGAUGCAGGUGUUACAGAUUGCGUUACGGCACGUUACACGUUAUGCCAGUGUUUCUCAACCACCACGUGGUGGUGGUACAUUUGCUGAGCUUCGGUAAACCAAUCUAGUGUCUUCAUUUGUUCAUUUAUUUGAACAAAUAAAUUAUCCUUCUUAAUAGUUAAACAUUGGCCUCAAGAAAAGGUAUAAAUAAGGUACAUAGCCCCAAUAGCAUUCAAAUAUGACUUUGUUUAAAUGCACUAUUAAGGUAAAUAAAAGUGACUAGAGAGUGGUAUUGUUUACCAGAAACAAUUAA